AUGCCCCACGUUCCUCUGUCACCUCUCCUCCACGCCCCAAACCCUCCGUCAGUACCGGCCUCGCCGUCGUUCCAUCGGUACUUGUAUGGCGGCCCCCCUGUGCAGCGUCCAUGGGAGCUGGUGACGCCUCCCGCCCAGCCUCCUCCCCCUACCGUGGUUCCUGGUGAGCCCCCAACUCGCAUCGAGCAGCGCGUGAUGCACGUGGGGACUUGCUUGACGCUCCUUUCGAAUGUGCUCGACCAGCUUCACGUGACCCUGGUGCGGCAGGAGGUGCAGAUCGAGGCGAUGCAGCCGGCGGAGCACUCGGCGGCAGUGUCAGUAGCGGAGGAGUUGCAGCAUUACCUCUCUCUGAUUGGCUUUGUGCCAGGCUCCCCUGGGGCUGCUCUCGGGCUCGGCCCUGGAGCUUUGGCGUGGCUUGCCGAGUCUGCCCGGGGGGACCUGCUCGACCUUAUGGCAGCAGCCAUGUCCGGUGAGCUCGUGUCUGACGAAUUGGUGGUGGGCAUUAUCAAGGAAGCGGUCAAGCAGCCGUCCUGCAGCAAGGGUUUCAUCCUUGACGGCUUCCCUCGCACGGUCGUGCAGGCAGAGAAGCUUUAUGCGAUGCUGGAGAAGAAGGGUCAGAAGAUCGAUAAGGUUCUCAACUUCGACGUUCAUGACGCCGUCCUGGAGGAGAGGAUCAUUGGCAGGUGGAUCCACCCUGCCAGCGGACGCUCUUACCACACCAAGUUCGCUCCUCCGAAAGUUCCAGGAAAGGAUGAUCGUGUGGAGGAUGUCCCCUAG